AUGGAUCUCAUAUUUGGAGACUUUCGGAAGUUCUAUGAGGUGGGUGACGGCUAUGGUCUCGCCCAAACGCUUUCUCCAAUUUCUCCUCCGUCGCAACCAGAAAGACUUCGCAAUUUUUAUCGAAGCACAAACUUUCAAAAUGUGCAAAAAGAUUUCAAAUACCAAAUUCUGUACGACAAUUCUGCACCUUUCAAGCUUCCGGCGGACGAAGGCAAUGGCUGGGUAGAGGUAUACGUUGCUUACUGGAAGGCUGUUGGCGAGAUUCAAAUCGCAGAAGCAGCAGCAAAUUCGGGUCAUAAGGCAUCGUGGAUGAAGGUGUAUGAAGCUUGGAAAGAGCUGACGAAUAUGCUGCACCGCGGUUACAUGAAUUGUAAUUUUGGCUCCUGGACUAUACCAUGUCUCUAUGUGGUAGGCAAAUAUCUGAGAGUAUUUGCGAUCAAGGCAGAUGAAGGAGCGGCCAGCAGCCAGGCUGUAUCAGCUACCUUUCAGGAUGAUUUCAAUCCUGAUUCGGAGAAAAACGAGAAGCUCGAGGACGCCGCUAGGCAAUUGAAUCGAAUCUUCAAUCUCUGCCUCAGCGACCGAGCAUCUCUAGAAGAAUCGAGAAAGUGGGGAAUUUAUAACAUUAUCAACCUGUUGUUCAAAACAUAUUUCAAAUUGAACUCGAUAAGUCUCUCAAAGAACAUUUUGAAAGCGAUACGAGCUUACAGAGGGGAUAUGCCACCCCUCGAAAGCUUCCCGCUAGCACAUCAAGUGACAUUCAAAUAUUAUGUCGGAGUCAUCUACUUCUUGGAAGAGAAUUAUGUCGAGUCAGAGAAGAAUCUUACAGAAGCCUGGACAUUAUGUCACAAAGACUCGAUCCGCAAUAAAGAACUCAUCUUGACCUACCUGAUCCCAUGCCAUCUUCUAACCACGCACACCCUUCCCACUCUCGCCCUACUUUCGCCCUAUCCACGGCUACAGAAGCUUUUCCUCCCGUUGUCUCGUUGCAUCAAAAAGGGCGACCUAUCAGGAUUCGAUGCAGCGCUGAUAGCUGGCGAAGACGAGUUUGUUAAGCGACGAAUCUACCUAACACUCGAACGUGGCCGCGAUGUAGCCUUACGCAACCUUCUUCGCAAAGUGUUCAUUGCGGGCGGCUUUGAGGAUGCCAAAGAGCCUGGUGCACCACAGGUUCGAAAAACUAGGGUUCCUGUUGCCGAGUUUGGUGCCGCUAUCAGUAUUGGUAGUAAGGAGACGAUGGAUAAUGAUGAAGUUGAAUGUCUUCUAGCAAACAUGAUUUACAAGAACCUCAUGAAGGGAUACAUAGCUAGGGAUCGUGGUAUAGUUGUGCUUAGCAAAGGCGGCGCUUUCCCUGGAACGGGUGUCUAA